GACAGAGAAUAGUGAAAUUCUAUGGCUAGGAUUCCUCUUGCUGUCAGAUCCAUUGUUAACUUUAUUUCAUUUAUUAAAGUGUUCUUGCCAUAAAGAUCCUACCUUUUUAGCUUACCAUUUCUUCUUUUUAAGUAUUUGCUUUAAGAUGUAGAGAUAGUACCUUUGAUUAUUUUAAUGCAGAGUCAGAUGAAGGUAAAGCAGUGUCCUUUUAUUGCCAGAGCUGAAGCUGAUUUUUGAGUGGUGGCAAGCUGGCUGGUCAAAGGGGCCAAUUCUCUCUCCUGGCUAUUAAUUAUUUUGCCACCAGCUGUUUGUGAAGUGUAGCUCUGGGCAAUAGCAACAAAAGAUACACAGACCGGAGCCUGUGGGCUGGUGAAUGAGAUGGACCGUUUCUUGGGGUUGGUCAAGCAGAUAAGGAGAUCGAGAAGAAGAAAAGGAAAAAAGUACCGUCCGGAGGAAGAUUAUCACGAGGGCUAUGAGGAUGUAUAUUAUUAUGCCUCAGAGCAUUUUCCAAAUGACAGUCCAUAUACUAAAUCUGCAAACCAGUCAAAGCCACCCGAUGGAGCACUAGCUAUAAGAAGACAGAGCAUUCCAGAGGAAUUCAAAGGCUCAACAAUAGUUGAACUGAUAAAGAAAGAGGGCACUACUUUGGGACUUACAGUAUCUGGUGGAACAGACAAAGAUGGAAAACCAAGAGUGUCCAAUCUUCGACAAGGAGGAAUUGCUGCUAGAAGUGACCAACUGGAUGUAGGAGAUUACAUCAAAUCUGUAAAUGGAAUCAACCUGACAAAGUUUCGCCAUGAUGAGAUCAUUAGUUUGCUCAAGAAUGUUGGUGAGCGGGUUGUAUUAGAAGUGGAGUAUGAGCUUCCACCUGCUUCUGUACAAGGUUCAGGUGUCAUUUUUAGAACUGUGGAAGUUACUUUACAUAAAGAAGGGAACACUUUUGGAUUUGUAAUUAGAGGUGGCACACACGAUGACAGAAAUAAAUCCCGUCCUAUUGUAAUAACAUGUGUUAGACCUGGAGGUCCUGCCGACAGAGAGGGUACUAUCAAGCCUGGAGACAGGUUGCUCAGCAUUGACGGAAUUCGGCUUGUUGGAACUUCACACAAUGAAGCCAUGUGUAUUCUCAAACAGUGUGGGCAAGAAGCAACUCUGCUAAUAGAAUAUGAUGUCUCAGUUAUGGAUUCAGUAACAACAGCUUCUGGGCCACUGCUUGUCGAAGUUGCCAAAACCGCUGGUUCUGCUCUGGGCGUUGCGCUAUCUACCUCAAUGUGUUGCAGCAAGCAAGUCAUUGUUAUAGAUAAAAUAAAAUCUGCAAGUAUAGCAGAUAGAUGUGGUGCACUGCAUAUAGGUGAUCACAUUCUGUCUAUUGAUGGUACUAGCAUGGAAUACUGUACUUUGGCUGAAGCAACACAAUUUUUGGCUAAUACUUCUGACAAUGUCAAACUAGAGAUCCUUCCCCAUCAUCAGACACGCCUUGCACUUAAAGGACCAGAACAUGUAAAGGUUCAAAGGAGCAACAAGCAGACUCUAUGGGAUCUUUAUGCCAACCACAGCAGUGCCCUCAGUUGCCACCAUUAUAACACCAAACACCCUGAUCAUUUCAGGACGCCAGCUUUGAAAUGCCAGAAAACACCACCUCAAAAAAGUCCUUCCUUGGUAUCUUCAUCAUUCUCUCCUGCCUCCAUGAGCGCAUACAGCUUGAGUUCACUAAAUAUGGGAACUUUACCACGCAGCCUCUACUCUACUAGUCCAAGAGGAACAUUGAUGAGAAGAAGAAUGAAAAAGAAGGACUUCAAAAGCUCAUUAUCACUAGCCUCUAGCACUGUUGGCUUGGCAGGGCAAGUUGUCCACACGGAAACGACCGAAGUAGUGUUGGCAGCUGAUCCAAUUGUAGGAUUUGGAAUACAGCUCCAGGGUGGUGUAUUUGCUACAGAGACAUUAUCAUCUCCACCUCUGAUUUCCUAUAUAGAAGCUGACAGUCCAGCAGAAAAGUGUGGCAUCCUCCAAAUAGGAGACAGAAUACUGACUAUAAAUGGGAUCCUAACUGAAGAUAGCACAUUUGAUGAAGCUAAUCAGCUCCUCAGAGAUUCUUCUAUCACUAGCAAGGUCACUCUGGAAAUUGAAUUUGAUGUUGCAGAAUCUGUCAUACCAAGUAGUGGCACUUUUCAUGUAAAACUACCAAAGAAGCAUAAUGUAGAACUUGGCAUCACCAUAAGUUCUCCAUCUAGUCGAAAACCAGGGGAUCCUCUUGUUAUUUCAGAUAUUAAGAAGGGAAGUGUUGCCCAUAGAACUGGGACGUUGGAACUAGGUGAUAAAUUGCUUGCCAUAGACAAUAUUCGACUGGACAACUGUUCCAUGGAAGAUGCUGUUCAAAUCCUGCAGCAUUGUGAGGAACUUGUAAAACUAAAAAUUCGCAAGGAUGAAGAUAACUCUGAGACCAAUUGCAUCCUCUUGGCAUGUAUUGCAGAUGAACAAGAGAGCUCAGGGGCAAUUAUUUAUACUGUUGAGCUCAAGAGAUAUGGAGGACCUCUUGGGAUCACUAUUUCUGGUACUGAAGAGCCUUUUGAUCCUAUUAUCAUUUCGAGUCUUACUAAAGGUGGAUUAGCUGAAAGGACAGGUGCAAUUCAUAUCGGAGACCGAAUCUUAGCAAUAAAUAGUAACAGUCUGAAAGGGAAACCUUUGAGUGAAGCCAUUCAUUUGUUACAGAUGGCAGGAGAGACAGUGACCUUGAAAAUAAAGAAGCAGACAGAUGCAUCAAGUCCCAAUAAAUUUUCUGCCUCUGGUCAUACAAAUGAAUUAAGUGAUGCUGAAGAUGAUACCGCCACCACACAAAAACCAGGCAAGCUGUCUGAAAUUUAUUCCACAACAGUCCCAAGUGUGGACAGUGCUGUAGAAUCAUGGGAUGGCUCUGGAAUGGAUAACAGUUAUGGAAGUCAAGGUCCCAAUUAUCAGGCUUCAGGAUACAACUUCAAUACCUUUGAAUGGAGAAGUCCAAAACAAAAGGGUAGUUUAUCUCCUUUGAAUAGGCCCCGAAUCAACUCCUUCCAUGAUACAGGGUUAAGUGAUGAUGAUUGGGAUAAACCAGUAGCAAGUAGGCUACAAUUAUGUCAGGGAGUACAAUGAGCCUGAAUCAUGAUAACUCUCAAGUUCGCAGCCAUCUAGGAAGACAAGCCAGCUUUCAGGAAAGAAGUACUUCGAGGCCACAUUAUAGCCAGACCACUCGAAGCAACACAUUGCCUUCAGAUGUGGGGAGGAAGUCCAUAGCCCUUAGAAAAAUGAAGCAAGAGAUGAAAGAAAUCAUGUCCCCAACUCCUGUGGAGUUACACAAGAUAACUUUAUACAAGGAUUCUAAUAUGGAGGACUUCGGAUUCAGUGUCUCUGAUGGCUUAUUGGAAAAAGGUGUAUAUGUUAAAAAUAUUCGGCCAGAUGGACCUGGAGAUGUAGGUGGUUUGAAGCCAUAUGACAGACUACUACAGGUAAAUCACGUUCGCACAAGAGACUUUGACUGCUGCCUUGUUGUACCCCUAAUAGCAGAGUCCAGUAAUAAAUUAGAACUUGUUAUUAGUCGCAACCCAUUAGCUUCCCAAAGGAAAGGCUCUGAGCACCAGACUUUCUCAACAGGACACUGGAGCCAUCCGAACAAUGCUUUCCUUCAACAAAGUGGACAUAACACAGGUUCAGAGAUGAAAUGGGAACCUAUGAACACUUUAUAGCCAAAAACUGUAUCUGUCCAAGAUGCUAAAGAUUUAAAUGGUGCUAUUUUUUUUUAAUACGUCUGAUACACUGGAAACACAGACACUAUCUAAUGUUGAGAAGCACACAGGGAAGGUUCUGAUUAUUUCUCAAGGCUUAUUCUUUGCUGCUUUCUUCCCAAUCGUUUUCUUCUCACUUUUUUAUAACCACAAAUAGUGCCAUUUCAAGCUGAACUCCACAUGCAAGAGAAAGCAAUGGGGAAAAUAACUGUUUUCAUGUAGAUUAAUCAAAAGAAACAUUGUAAGUGAAACUGAGCUCUUUUCAACCUCCCAUCCAAGUAUCUAAAAAGAGUAUCCCAGUUUUUUAUUAUCAAAGUUUAUAUUAAAAGAUCAGUUAAUUGAAGGAAGGAAUAUCAAAAUAUUAUCAUUAUGCCCAAAAGAUUAUUGUAUCAUAGUUAUUGUUUAAUAAAGUGUGUGUCUCUUACCUCUGCUAAACAGGGGGUGGGGGGGACCAAAAACUGUUACUUGUUCUGCAAUCAUUUCAGCAAAGGUGCACAAAGGAUCCCAGGGGAUAAAACUUUAGAUUCUGUUACAAUAUGAUUUAUUAGAAAUUACAUUAUUCCCUAUGCAAUUUUAAACAAUAGGAUAUGUCAUGCACCCUGUAUGGAUUUCUCACUUUUAGGUAUUUGAAACGUAUAAUGAUUUUUGUUUUAAAACAAUUAAUAAGGCUUUAUGGAAACAAAGUUUAAUAAGAAAAACAUUCAAGUAAGUUUUUUUUUUCUUAACUGAAUUCCAGUAGCAAAGUAAUACUGAUGCAAAAACAUAUGAACUACUGUGUUUAGGGAACACGUAUAUAAAUAAGCUUGUACAGCAAAAAAGGACACUUUUUAAAAAUUAAGAUAAAUGAAAUGUGCUUUUGAUUUAAAGUAUCUAUUUAAAUAGCUUUGUUGGCGCUCUCAUUGACUCUGCCAUUUUGAAGACUUAAUUUUAAAAUGUAAAUAUGUUUCACCCACAUAUACCCAAAUUCUGCCCUGUUUCUCAUUCAAAGCAAUAAAAUGCUGCUAGUUGCUUUUGAGACCCACCAGCAGCUGCUUUGGUUUGUCCACUGUAUUGUCUUGAUACAGUAAUGUUACUUAGUGACUGGAAAGAAACCGGAUUUUUCUGUGAUAACAUUGAAUCUUACCACAAUUUUUUUUGGCCUUUUUGAAUUGUCAAAAUACCCAUAAUAUUCUUUUCUUCACCUAUUAGAGAGCAAGUUUCUAUGCCCUAUGCACUCAUGUGACAUGUUCUCAUAUUCCAGCACUGCCAGAAAGAAAAAAUAAUAAUUUAAAUGAAAUUGAAAUCCAUAUCAUGAACCACUUAAUACGUAUUUUUAUUUGUAACAAUGAGUAUUAAACUAAAGUAUUUUUGUACAAAUUUAAUACUUUAA